AUGGAUGCCUUCGAGAUGGUUUCCUUGUCGGGCCUCUGGUCCAUGGAGAAUGGACCUCCGACUUCCCGUUCUACCGAUGAGGUUUGUGUCUCUCUCGAGACAGGUAGUUACCCCCGCUACGGGCUCAGCCGUCAGGCUGCGACCUCCUGGUUUGCCGACAUUAGGAUUCCGGUGAUUCCCCCCACUUACCAGCAGAUCCCAGGGUAUGAAGCCCACCGUCAGCGACAGCAGGCUCGCGCGCUCAUGGGCUCGAUUGCGGCGCGCCGGGGCAAGCCUACCCCCGCCCCAAUCUUGAUCCGUGGUGAUGCUCCGAGUCUUCUGCCGCGCCGGCGACGUUGGUAA